AUGUCAAAGAUUUACCGGAACUUCUACCUUUACACCAUCUUGAGUUUAAUUUUCGCGUCAUGUUUAACGUCUGCUCGGUUCUCAACGUCACGGAAAUGUCCAGGACACGCCUGCAGAAACCCUCUAGCAAUAAAUAUCAAACAGAUUCAACGGUUACAAAGAAUUAAGCAACAGAUUCUAUACGCAUUAGGAUUUCAGCAAAACAAACUCAAUCGUAACCAGACGACUAGUUCUAAAGAACCACGUGACAAUACACCUACGUCAAUAAUCACAGCCGAUAAUAAAACAGACAUUGUGAUUGGUGGGCCGGAGAUAGUCAGUUUUUCUCAAUCUAUUGGAAAACGUAAUCGAAAGAAAAGUCUGUUACAAUUUGUGAUACAUAUAGGAGAACAGAAAUCCAAUUUAGAGGUGGUCAGUGCUCAUUUGUGGUUGGUAGUUCGUAAACGAGGAAAUAAAAAAACAAAUAAAACAAUAGUUAUUAAAGUGUUUAAAGUGCAGGACAAAAAGAAAUCGCAGUUGACAUAUCUCCGGACUCAUGUGAAAAAAACUCGGUGGCAGAAGCUAAGUUUACCUAUAAGUGUUGUCCAAGAACUUUUAAAUCCAAACGAAGGUCGCUUGAAGCUCAAAAUAGAAUGCAAGCGAUGUGGACGCUCAGUCAAACUCGUUGUACCCAAAGGUAGUAAAAGAAAACGUACUAAAUUCUUGCCGACUGCUAGAUCCCUGCGAUUACGCAGUCUUCAGAGACGGCAUCGUCCUUUCUUAGUGAUAAAUACCCGGAUUAGAACCAAGUGA